AUGUUCUGCGACGGGCGCGACCGCGGGAAGUUCGCCGUGGCCCGGUUGACUCAGUUGGCUACGAUUGGAGACGACGGCGAGCCUGUUCCGCUGCCGCGGCUGACGCCGGCGCGGGCAGAGGAUGAGGUGGACUCGGGAGUGGCGGCGCGGUUGGCGGCGCGGAUGCGACGUAGAUUUGUGCCGGCUGACGUCUGUCCGUCCGCCAACGGGCUGACGAGCGAGGCGACGACGAGCAGCGAGCCGGGCGAUGGCGAGUCGGCUGCCACGAGCGAUGGCGAGUCGCGCCCGUCGUCGCCGGAAGUUGCGCCGCGGGCGCUGCCGCGUGGAAGCACGCGUGGGGUGCUGCCUGUGCGGGUUGUCCGCCGCCGCAAAGCAUCCGGGUCGGUGGCGGCUGCGGCGUCGUGCGCAGACGUCCUUCCGCUCGGCACGGUCAUGAUGUAUCCACCGGGCACCGCGCGCAAGCUGGGGCUAGUGGGCGACGAGGCACCGGGAUCGUCUGACGACUCGGUCGGCUCGUCGCUCAGUCCCGGCGAUCUAGAAGCGUUUGCGGUGCGGCGGCCGAUGGUCCGGGCCCCGUUUGUGCUGGGCCUCUCGGACAAGGUUGUGCCGCAGGGCCAGCCUGGCCUGCGCGGACUCGGCAAUCUGGGCAACACUUGCUUUAUGAACGUCUGCCUCCAGGCGCUCGGCCACAUUCCGCAGUUUGCGCUGUACAUGCUGGAGCAUCUCGCGGUGAUUAAGCAUCGGAUUGUUCACGACGGCGCCAUGCCGGCCAAGCCGUUCACCUACCACGCCCUCGGAACCGGCACUGAGCCGGCGCGUGCUCCUGCAGCUCCGCCGCGGCGCGGGAGGCGCCGGCGGAGCGUGGUGUCGAAGAUCCCGCCGGUCAUGGCGGCCCACAUCGCCAAGAACAACCCGGGUCCGGGCUCGUUUGCGGCAGCCAUUGAGCGCCGAGGGAAGGGCCAGAGGCGUGCGACCUCUCCUAGCCGCGCCUUUGUCUCGGGCCGGAUCCUCUUCCGCCGCCCGCGCUCGUCAGACGCAUGCACCUCGUCGUCUGGUUCGGCCUGCUCCGACUCUGCGACUGCAAGCGACAACGGGGGAGCUGGUGCGAGCUCCGACGCAGAAUGCUCGAGCUCUUCCACCAACGAUCUGUGGGAGCGACCCUCGCUCUGCGGCGAUGCUGACUGCCUUCUGCGUGCCACUGUCAUUGCCGCGGAGGUCCAGCGGCGGCGUGCCAGCCGCAGGGUUGUCGAGGCGCCGCCGCCACCGCCGCCGCCACCGGUCAAGCGCAAGCGCGGACGGCCCAAGGGCAGCAAGAACAAGCCCAAGACGCCGGCACCGGCAGCAGCGACCGCACCUCGUCCAGACGGCGAGGGAGUGCCAGUCAAGCGCAAGCGCGGACGGCCCAAGGGCAGCAAGAACAAGCCCAAGACGCCGGCACCGGCAGCCGCGACCGCACCCCCGACAGACGGCGAGGCGGUGCCAGUCAAGCGCAAGCGCGGACGGCCCAAGGGCAGCAAGAACAAGCCCAAGACGCCAGAGCAGGCUGCUGCUGCUGCGGCUAAGCGUGCUGAGCGCAAGGCUGCCAAGGCGGCCAAGGCGUCGGCGAUGGCGGCUGCGGUGGCGGCUGCGGCUGCGGCGCGUAGUAGUGCAGCCAGCAAGAGCCCGCUGAAGCGGAAGCGCGGCAGCUCGCGGUCAGGCUCGGGCGGUGGCUCGGGCUCGGGCUCGGGCUCGUCGCGGACGACUCGCAGCCGGGCAUCAAAGCGUGGGGCAGGCUCGCGCGGGCUCCGAGGCGGCAUGCGCGGGUCGUCGUACCGCAACUCGAUGCGUGUGACGCCGCUGGCGUCCGAGUGGCUUGCGGAUCCGGACGGAGAGCCGGUCGACGUCGCUCCGCUCUGUUGCGUCUACCGCGGGUCGGCGGCGAGCCUUACGCCGAAGUUUACCGAGGCUGUAGGCGAGGGCAUGCUUGUGUACACACAGCUUGUGGAGCACGUGCUCCAGGUUCUGUGGUCGGACGCGUCGGAAGCUGCCGUCAUUCAGCCGGACGAGUUUGUGCAGAACAUCUGGUCGAUGGGAACCGAGCUGUUCCCCGGCUACGAGCAGCAGGAUGCGCAAGAGUUUGUGCUUUUUCUUCUGGAGACGCUGCAGGAAGAGAUGUCGCAAUUCCUUCGCAGCUACCUUCCGCAGCUGCUGACAGAGCCGCCGAUGGCGGGGCGGGGUGGGCUGCCGACGGCGCACUUUGAGUGGGACGUCAACCCGAUCACUGCAGUCUUUCAGGGAUUCCAGGAGUAUACGACGACAUGCUCGUCGUGCGAGUCGCAGACGCAUCGGCGCGAGCCGUUCCUCACGCUGCGGGUGCAGGUGCCGGAGGAGAUCGGGGCGUCGGGCGGCUCGGUGGCGCUCAAGACUUGCCUCGACCAUGCUACGCGGACCGAGGUCUUGGACAACGACUCGAAGUACUUUUGCUCGACAUGCAUGCGGUACACGGUGGCGACGCGGUCGUGCUCGCUCGAGCUUCCGCCGGUUGUUGUCCUCCAGGUCAACCGCAUCCGGUUUGCCAACUCGCGGCAGGCCAAGAUUCGGGCGCAUGUCGAGUUCCCGGUCACACGGCCGCUCAAUCUGGGGCGGUACUCGGCGAGCCAGGCGCCGCAGCAUUACUCGCUGGUAGCAGCGAUUGUGCAUCACGGUCGUGCCGUGUCGAUGGGUCACUACUCGGUCCUGGCGCGGUACUCGACUCGGUCGUGGUUCGAGUUUGACGACGACAAGGUGACCCAGCGCUCGCCCGAGUACGUCGCAGCCUCGCAAGGCUAUGUGCUUUUCUACCAGGCUUCGGCUCGCCCGUCGCAUCUCGAUCCGUUCCAUCUCUCAACUCACUCGGCCGUCGACGGCGCCAACGAGCUCGCCCAGCUCGCCGCCCGCUAUCGGGGCAUGGUCCCCGAGGCCAGAGGAGGGCGCAAGCGUCGGCGAUGAGGCGCAAGCCCGCAACGCCCCCCUCCUCUCCCCCCUCCCCUCAAUCAGUCACUGGCAGCGUAAUGCUCGAACGUGACCCGCAGUGGAGGCAGGUGGCGUGCCAGGCGUUGCCGUCGGCUGCCAGCUGCGAGCUCGACGAGUGCCCGCCGCACACCGAGCACACAACCAGCCG